GAUUUGCAUUUUAUGGCUUUCCAUAGUUUUCCAACCUGGGAAACCAUCAUAAAAUAAACGAGUUCCUAUAAUUUGAUUCCUACAUUCAGAGAAAAUCAGCAAGAUUUAUAGUAAAGUAGAUGAACCAUCUCUGAUCGAUGGACACUGCCUGCUGUGGUCAACGGAAACAUUUGUUCAAACACUUGACGUUUGUAAUUCUUUUCAGAAUUUGUCAACAGUGUGGUGGCUGUUAAAAAUCACUGGUGCUGGCGGCGAUGAUCGUUGUUCAUUUGAUGCUGGUGGGACGUUCCCCAACCCCCUUUUGGUCCUUUUGGUUUAUAAAUCUCCACGUAUUGUUUUUUUUAUGAGAAAGUUGGCAACGUUCCCAUCAAAAUUGUUCACAUGUUUUGCCCGCUAGUUCAGCAGUCAACUGCACUGGUGAUGCGGUAGUAGGCUAACUCUGCCCACAGAUAAUAGCCCAAUUAUUUUACACGUGCUCGACUACUAUCUGCACGGAGACCAGAUAGACAACUCGUCCGACCGUCGAGUUGUCCGACGGACGACGAGUUGUCUGAUAUACCUCUCUGCACGUAAGCCUACAUCAGGUCGGUCGUGUUCUGCAGAACUUCUUCAAGAAAGGUUAAUCCUUUUGUGCGAUUACGGCAUCACGAGGUGUUACAAGAUAUUGUUGAUAACUCCAAUGAGGUGUUUGUGUCUGUAAACAUGCAAUUAUGGGCAGAAAGCAUCAAAAGAUUAGUAAGUCAGACGAAAGGCUCAUCAAUGAUGUUGCCGCAAAUACUGGCAGAGACUGGCGUCGACUGGGCACUGUCUUAGGUGUUAAGUCAGAAGAACUUGAUGCACUUGGACACAUUAAAGGAGAUGUAGCAUCUCAGAUGGUCAUGGUAUGGUGGGAAGAGCAAUCUAAUACCAAGGAUGCAAGGGAAGCUUUGAGGGCUGCUUUGAUCAAAAUGGACCGAUCUAAUUUGGCCUUGGCAAGUUCAGAAAAUAUCUGCCUUGACGAUGAAAGUCUGUUUCGGGACUUGUCCAGAAACAUCGGGAAAGAUUGGCGUCGACUUGGGACCACGUUGAGCUUUCGUGCUGCAGAGAUUGAGACAUUCGUGUAUAACAACAGAGACAACCUGGAAGAACAAGCCUUUCAGAUGUUCAUUGCUUGGAGAAGAAAGCAAACCAACGACACUGAAGCAAGGGAGUCAUUGAGGGCAGCAUUGGUUGAGAUAGAGCGUGCUGACAUGACAGCUAGACUUUCAGAUGUGGCUGGGUCUGCUGUUGAUGUAUUGACCUGCAGUAAAGAAAUAGCCAACCAUUACAUCGAAACAAUGAAAGUCAUGACGUACCCUUUGGCCAAGGAGCGAGCCAUGGGGAUGACUGAACUUCAUGUCAACUUGCAACUCCUGAGGGAAACGAAUCGGCUUGAACGACAUCAGUCUGAAAACUCCACCUUACAACCUGAACAUGACAAGAUUUCUUUGGGUUCUUAUGAAGACAUUUUACAACCCGAUGGUCCUGGUACAAAACGAACCCUAGUCACAGCUGAGACUGGUUAUGGAAAAUCCACACUUUUGAAAAAGAUUGCUUAUGAUUGGGCUCUUAUUCAAGUCCCAAAGCGUCACCGUCUUUCACAGUCUCCCCUGGAGAUAUACAAGCUCUUAUUUCUCUUGAAUGUAAACCUCAUGAGUAAAGAUUUCAACUUCAUUGAUGCUAUAUUUUCUCAGAUCCUUACGGACUGUAACUACUUGACGAAAAAAGGUCUGAAAUCUUUCAUUCAGAAACAUCCAGAGGAAGUCCUUAUUCUGUUUGAUGGAGCAGAUGAGGUUUUGUUUCAGAUGUUAGACAGGGCAAAUGGGUUAGAUACUAUCAAAGGUGUCCUUUCUUUCCAGUCCUUCAAAUCCUGCCGAGUUAUUGUGUCUAGCAGACAGUUUACAGCUCUCAAGCUUCUCAAGUGGUAUCCACAUUUUACUCGGGUUAGGGUAACUGGUUUCAAUGAUGAAAACAGGCAAGAGUAUGUUGGGAAAUACCUGACCAACUAUGAUUCCAAAUACCAAAGUGAGCUCCUGAAGGAAGUUCAGGAGUCGCAAACCCUACGUACAUUAGGAGAGAUACCAUUGAUGUUCUGGUUGAUGUGUACCACGUGGGAGGAAUGCCAUAAGCUACCUGAUAGGGUCACAAAGCUGUUUAACAGUGCAGUAAGGGUCCUCUAUCAGCACAGGGUUAGUAAAAGCUCAGCAACUUGUUCCGACACCUUCACAACAGCAACAUUUGAUGACCUUAGUAAACAACUUGGAAAGGUAGCACUUGAGGGAUUGCUUAAUCCAAAUGGUGUCAAGCUCCAUUUUACACAGGCAGAGUUUGACUCUGAGAGGGCUGUGGCUUUGGGAUGUGAAGUUGGCUUGCUGGCCAACACCAAGGCUAUGCAUGAGUUGGAGGAAUUUGACUAUGUCACCUUCCUCCAUAAAACCUUUCAGGAAUAUUAUGCAGCAAUGUACCUUGCAAAUUUGGCAUCCUCCAACCUUGAGAUGUUCAGGAAGUAUGUGUCACAAAUUCUGGCUGGUAACAUAGACACCAUGGAGUAUUUACUUCGGUUCUGUUGUGGGCUGAAUUCUGCUGCUGCUGAAAUAAUAAUUGCCCUUGUAAGCGAGAAGCUAAGCCACAACGAGCUGGACACCUUCAUUGGUUUCCUUUGCAACUAUACUCCGUAUAGUAGGAUCAUGAUGUUGCUUUUGUUUGAGGCCGAGUUGGAGUUCAUGGUGAGAGACUUUGCAGAUGCAGAUUGGGUUCGUUUUUCAGGUACGCUCCAAGGUGAAGACUUGUUGGCCGCUCAUUAUUUUGUGAAAACCUUGGCAAGAACAACUGGACUACCGCAUGCAUCAAAUCUAGAUGUCAUUUGUCAUUCUUUGGCUGAUGUUGAACUUGUGAAAGACCUAAUGCGACAUGGCAUCACAACGAAGUCACUAGAUCUAGAUGGAGUCAACAUGAAUGGCAAGAUUGAUACUCUCAGAGAUAUUUCUGAGCAUGCCACAUGUCUGUAUGUAGAUGACUGCAAUCUGAACAGCAAAGACAUCUCAAGGCUGUUUACAAUGAUUUCAGCAACUGGCAGUAUUGAAUUAGUAGAUCUUAGCAACAACAGCUUGUGCAGUUUGCAAACUGAUGACAUCUGCUCUUCCAUGUCUGUCACGCUGUUAAAUCUAAGUGGAUGCAGUUUAACGAAAGACACUGUUGAUGUUCUUUUCCGUUUUCUGUCAGCAUUGAGCAAUGUCAAUACUGUUAAUCUGAGUGGGAAUAACCUUCAUGGCGUAAGGCCUGUUCAUGUCAGUCAGGUCCUGUCUCUGCAUUCCUUGAUUCUUAUAGAUUGCUCAUUACAGAAGAAUGAUAUGAGGGGAUUGUUCUACAUCAUUGCUGCUGUGGGUAACAUCCAAUGGGUUUCCCUGAGAAAGAACAACCUGUGUGGCUUUCAGAAAGGUACAAUCACCCCAGUUUCAUCUCUGCUCUCCUUGGACCUGACAAAAUGUGGGCUUGAAAAUGGAAACAUGAAGCCACUUCUGUGUAUGCUGUCAAACCUGCCUAAUGUACAGAGAGUCAAUGUAAAUAACAAUGACAUUGACAAGGAGAUUCUUGCUUCUCUUGGUCUUAAUGCAUCUCCUGAAUUUGGGCACGAUGUCGAAUUUAUUGAAAACAGUAGAUAUGUUUAUAUCUUCAGUAGCAACGUGACAUACAUGAUCUCAAGGAACGCACUUCGAAGGAGAUACAGUGCAAACUGUCUCCUGAUCUGAGGUCAUGGAAUGCACUCUGGCUGAUAUACAGUGCAUGCAGUGCAAACUGUUUCCUGAUCUGAGGUCAUGGAAUGCACUUUGACAGAGAUACAGUGCAAAUGUUUCCUGAUCUGAGGUAAUUGAAUUCCCUCUUAUUGAGAUACAGUGCAAACUGUUUCCUGAUCCGAGGUCAUGGAAUGCACUCUGACUGAGGUACAGUUUAAAAAACUGUUACCGUGGAAUGCACUUUGACUGUGAUACAGUGCACACUGUUUCCUGUUCUGAGGUCAUGGACUGCACUCUGACUGAGAUACAGUGCAAACUGUUUCCUGGUCUGAGGUCAUGGAAUGCAAUUUGACAGAGAGAUACAGUGCAAACUGUUUCCUGAUCUGAGGUCAUGGAAUGCACUCUGACUGAGAUACAGUGCAAACUGUUUCCUGAUCUGAGGUCAUGGAAUGCGCUCUGACUGAGAUACAGUGCAAACUGUUUCCUGAUCUGAGGUCAUGGAAUGCACUUUGACAGAGAUACAGUGCAAACUGUUUCCUGAUCUGAGGUCAUGGAAUGCACUUUGACUGAGACACAGUGCAAACUAUCUCCUGAUCUGAGGUCAUGGUUUUACAGGUUUGAGUAACACGCUUUAAGUAGGGUUUAAUAGAUGUGAAAUUUGCAUCGGGGAUAAAGAAUAUAAAUUGGGAUUUGUAUGUUUCCUGUAUUUUAAUCAUUAGCAAUGAUGCGUUUUGGCGACUUCAACAGAACAAAAACAAUUUAGCUGUUUUUGAAGAACUUUGGCUUUGACGCACUGUUGUAGUUGCUUCAACAGAAUCGCAUUUACCAUGUUGGCUUGGGUUUGUUCAAAAAGGAACAACAAUAUCAAUGGCAUUGUAAAAACUGUGCAGCUCUUAUAAACUGUUCCAGACAGUUAAAUAUUUCGAAAAUUUAUUUCAAGCAAGAGGCAUGCAGUUGUCGCAAACAUUUUUAAUUGUAGAGUUCAAAAUAUUGGGGUCAUUAUUUUAGCAUUGGCAGUUUUUAAUCUGAUUUUGUAUGUUUUUUUGUUUAAGCAUCGGUAUACAUGUACCUAAAGUAUCACAUAGAAGUGAAUACCGUGGCCUUUGUCGUUCUGUUCAUAUAUUUUUCUUAAAAAUUUGAUAUUUGUUUGUAUUUGGAUCUUUUAAUGGCAAUAUACUGUCUAUAUAUUUUUUAUAUAUCUAAUCUAUUUUUGUAUGAAUUGAAAUUUUACUAUCAUUUGGCCAUUGGCCACGAGUGUAAAAACAAUAAACUUAAUAAUUUAAACUAUCUAUCAAUAUAUUGGAGUUUUACUUAUUCUGUGUACUUUUGAAACGUGUAACACUUAAAUAAAUA